AUUGCAACUCACUCAACCACAAUUCUUACAAAACCCUUCCACAGUUCAUUCGACACAACCUUAACCAAAAAGUCCAAACACAAAACAACUUAUUUGAUUUUACAUUAAGAUGUCAAUGAAGAGAGGUAGAGAAGAUGAAUUAACAAUGGCCAACUGUCUCAUGCUUCUUUCACAAAUCGGCAAAUCCCAGACUCAUCUAAUUUCAAGCGGCCGUGUUUACGAAUGCAAGACAUGUAAUCGACAGUUCCCAUCGUUCCAAGCGUUAGGUGGUCAUCGGGCCAGUCACAAGAGGCCUAAGCUGAUGGUUGGAGAUCUUCUACAACAAGUAGCGGUGAAGCCGAAGACACACGAGUGCUCAAUAUGCGGGGUUGAGUUUGCUUUAGGUCAAGCUCUUGGGGGGCACAUGAGGCGGCACCGUGCAGAAAUAGAGGCUAAUUCUACAAGCACUACUAUAACGGAGGCUAAUUCUACAAGCACUACUAUUAGCGAUGAUGAUCAUAAGGCUGUGAAGGCGGUGCCCAUUUUGAAGAAGAGCAACAGUUGCAAAAGAGUUUGGGGUUUGGAUCUGAAUUUGAUGCCAUAUGAUAAUUAUUUGAAGUUGGGAUGGUAAAAUAGUCAUCUUCCUUUGAGAUCGUGUACGUUUUGUAUUUUCAUCUUCUUUGAGAAGAAAAUGAUUCUUUCAUUAGUUUUAUGUUUCUCAGCUUGUUUCUAGGAUUGGUUAGCUGAACUUACUUUGCUAGUUUGCUAGCAAGUCAUUAUACAUUGUAUAUUUCAUUUAACUAGUCACUCUAAUUUGAAAAAUUAUUUUGUCUA